UAAAAAAAAAUCUUAAAUAUGAACCAAUAAUUUACAGAAUAAGAUAUUAUUGAUUUAAUAAACACAAGAAAUUUAUAAAAGCCCUCUUAUGAAGAAUUGUUAUAAGAAAAAAAAUAAAGAAUAAAAGAUUUUAAAGAAAAUAAUAAAAAGUUGAAAGAAAGUGAAAUAAGAAAAUGGUUGAUAAAAAGAGAUUUAAAAAAAUAUAUUGAUUUUGAUGAUAAAGAACGCUUCAAAUUAAAAUAAUAUUUUAAAUCUUUGGAUGGAGAUGGUUCUGGUAGUAUUGGAUUAAAAGAAUUGGAAGAUCCCUUGAUUUCUUUAGGUAUUGCUGAAUCUAAAGAAGAAGUAAAAAAAAUAAUAGACUAAGUAGAUAAAGAUCAUUCUAAUGAAAUCGAAUUUCAAGAGUUUUUAGAUAUAAUAAAAUCAUAAAAAGGAAAUGGCAGAUAAACAAAAAAUAAUGCAAUUAUAAAAUUUUUUAAAGAUAUGAUCAAUGAUUCUUUAGGGGAAAAAACAAUUUAAACUGCAAAUUUACCUUUUUAAUUAAUUAUUUCUACAAUCAGAAGAAAAAAGCUAUUAGAUGCAAUAAUGAGUGAUGAUAUUUAAAAAAAAAUAGAAGGUGAAAAAAUAAUGACUGCCUAUGGAAAAUUAGUUUAAACUUAAAAAUAUUUAAAUAGCUGA